AUGAUGCCGCGGAAAGAGAUGCCCAUGGAAAUGGGGAAUGGGACCACUGUCCAGGAAUUCACCUUGGAGGGGUUCCCUGCCUUCCAACACCUGGGAAAGGUCCUCUUCCUGGUGCACCUGCUGGCAUACCUGGCAUCCAUUGCAGGCAAUGCUCUCAUAGUGACCAUCACCUGUGCCGACUCCCGGCUACAGACACCUAUGUACUUUUUCCUCAGCAUUUUCUCCUUCUUUGAGUGUUGUUUCAUAAGUGCUGUUAUUCCUAAGUUGCUGGUCAUCUUUCUUUUAGGCAGGCAAACCAUUUCCUUUAUUGCCUGUUUCAUACAAGCCUUUGUGUAUGUAUAUCUGGGUGCAACAGGUUUCUUCCUCAUAACAGUGAUGUCUGUGGAUCGGUGCAUGGCCAUUUGCAAGCCUCUGCAUUACCCAACCAUCAUGAACCUCAAGACUUGCUUCCGCUUGGUCACUUCCUGUUGUGUUUUGGCUUUCACUCUCAUGACUGGUCUGAUAGUAAAGGUUUCCCAAUUAUCCUUCUGUGGCCCAAGUGUCAUCCCCCACUUCUUCUGUGACCUUGGUUCCCUGAUUCAUCUCUCUUGUUCUAAUACCAGGUCUGUUGAAAUGUUGGCCUUUGUCCUUGCUUUGUGUAUCCUUCUGACGUCCCUUCUCAUAACCAUCAUUGCAUACAGCAACAUAGUAGUCACAAUUGUGCGACUCCCAUCAGCCAGGGAGCGACAGAAAGCUUUCUCCACCUGCUCGUCUCACUUGAUAGUCCUCUCCCUGAUAUACGGCAGCUGUGUCUUUAUAUACGUGAAACCAAAGCAAACAAACAGGCUGGACUCCAAUAGGGAGGCUUCACUUGUGCACACGGUGGUGACCCCAUUGUUGAACCCUGUCAUCUACACUCUGAGGAACAAGCAGGUCCACCAGGCUCUGAGGGAGACAAUUUUCAGAAUGAAAAUAUCUAGAUAA